AUGAAGUUAAUACUUUUACUUCUAUUUGUACUUGCAAUUCACAAUAUCGAAGGUUUAUUACCUCCAAGAUUUCAAUGGAAAACUAUUGAUUUCGCAUGGGAGGCUCGGGCUAGAGAAGCUGCAAUAGCUUCAGGGGAUUACAUACCUAAAAAUAAUAUGCCUACUGGAAUUGCGAGAUGGAAAGACAAGCUUUUUAUAACUAUUCCACGAUGGAAAAAAGGAGUGCCUUCUUCUUUGAAUUACAUAUAUCUCAACGGUAGUCAAUCUCAGCAUCUCAGUCCAUAUCCUAGUUGGGGAGAUGCGUUUGUAUCUGAUAAGGCGUGCUGUAUAAAAUCCAAUAGCACUGUUGUAUCUACUUUUAGAGUGCACGUGGACAAGUGUGAUAGACUGUGGGUAGUUGAUAAUGGGGUGGCGGAUAUGACAAACGAAUUAAAACAAGUAACAGCACCAGCCAUAUUAGUGUUUGAUCUGAACAAAGAUACGUUGAUACACCGGUAUGUGAUUGAUGAUGAAGUAUUAAGGGACUCCUCUGUAUUGACGAGUAUUGUGGUAGACAUUGUCGGUAGAGAUUGUGACGAUUCAUACGCAUAUAUACCAGAUAUGGGUUCAAAUGCGCUAAUAGUAUACAGUUUGAAACAAAACGACGCUUGGCGCGUUGAAAACCAUUAUUUUCAUUUUGAUCCGCAUUCUGGUGUUUAUAAUGUGGGUGGAGUUAACUUUUACUGGAGUGAUGGCAUAUCUUCGGCUGUUUUGACACCUUCGAAGAAAGCUGGCUUUCGUGACUUAUAUUUCCAUCCUACGUCGAGUACGAAACAGUUCCGUAUGUCAACAAAACUCUUGCGUGAUAAACAUAUGCCGAGGGAAAAUAUAUUUUCUGGAGUCGAACUAAGCAAAAAUGGCGUCAGUUGUUGGAACUUGGACAGACCACUAUCGCACGAAAAUGUUCCAUUGAUUAUAAGUGAUUGUACAAUGCUGGAAUUUCCGAACGAUAUAAAGGUGGACCAAGAAGGUAAUCUAUGGAUAUUGAGUAAUAGACAAUCUCGCUUUUUAUACGAGUCUAUGGAUUUCGAUCAAAUUAAUUUUAGAAUAUUAACGGCUCCAGUCGACACAGUGAUACAAGGCACGCCCUGCGAAAAGUUAUCUACUAUGAAGAAAGCUUUCAGCUUUAUAAAAAGACCCAAAUCUAGUAGUAAG